AACUGCCGGCACUGGAGCAAGCCACUUGGUUGGCUCAACAUUUUUUUUUAUCGCGCCCUUCGGUCAUUAUAUACCUCUAUAAUAUUUGUAUAUAUAUAUACAUAUAAAUAAACACGCUUUGAGAGAGAAACGAUGUCGAUGCACCAGCUGCUGCUCUACUCACUCUGCCUUUGGGCCGUGAUCGUGUUCUGUGCCCCCACGCCCAGUGAAUCCCGUCGCGUGAUCUUCAUGAAGCCGAAUGGCAUCCAUCGUGGCCAGAUCCUGGCCACUCAUGGCAUGGAGAAGACCUGUCCCAAGUGUCAUAUGGUCGAUCAUCGCGGCAAUUGCCGGCGCAUCAUCUCUUAUAAUGCAGUCCAUCGCCUGCUGAUCCUGACCUUUGUGGUGCUGGGCCUGAUCUUGGCCCACAGUCCGUCGACCACGGAAGCCCGUCGCCUGAUCUUCUACAGCCCCAACAGUCGCACCCUCACCGGCCAGCUCCUCGUCUCCCGGAAACUAUCGAAGCCCUGUCCCGCCGGAAAGAUGAGGGAUCACCGGGAUCGGUGUCGCCGGGCGGUCAUCUUCGGACGCCACAACUGAGCAUUUGCCGGAAAAAUCUCCCCAACUUAACAACUCUCUUCCGUUUUUUUUUUGAACUAGCCGUAAGCUAACUUAUUUUAGUCGUAGUUGCGUCACAAUGUGACCAUCGAAGUAUUUAUUACAUUAUUUAUUGUGUAGCUGGUAAUAAUGAUAAGUAAUAAACUGAUGUCGAUAAAGAUAAAAA